GCUGUAGUGUGUACAUGUACUAGUAUAGUGUAAGUAACCUUAGUAGUGCCUGUAAAACUUCAAAUCAUGAAGUCCUGUUACAGCAAGUUCUGUUAAACUUUCAUAACAUAUCAAUCAUUUUUCAAGUUAGUUAAAUCUUUCCAUUUUUAAGGCACUUCGACAGUAUUUCACCAUGAUCAAGUUGUUGUUUCUUGUGCUGAUCUCUCUAGUAGGAGGAUCUUUAUCUGCGUCGAAGCAGCAGAUCGACGACUUUCUAAAUGUCUGCAUCGACUCAAAGCACCAUAAGAGUAAACCUGGACCAGAACCCGACUUUUUCCAUCACUGUAGCCCGUGGAAGGACAAUGCUUGCUGCAAAGCAAACACUACAAAACACAUCGAAAGUGAUGGGGCAAUCACCUUGUAUAGAAUGAAAUGGGACCAGUGCUCGAAUAUAAAACCGCUAUCAAAAGAAUGCAGAAGAUUCCUAGAGAUGGAUACUUGUUUUUAUGAAUGCUCACCCAACAUGUCUCCUUGGAUUCAGGUCGAUCCAAACUCAAAGAAAACGAGAAGAGAACGAUUCGUUAAUGUUCCAUUAUGUGCUUCGGAUUGUGAUGCAUGGUUUGAGGCCUGUAAGGAUGAAUACACCUGCUCUGAUAACUGGGGAGAUAUCAAAACAUGGAACUGGACCAAGUCAGGCAACGAGUGCAAGAAGCCUUGCAAAACCUUCAAGGAAUACUACAGCGACCCAACGACGUUCUGCAACAAGCUUUUUAACUACUCCUUCAAAUACACCACAGGAAAGCCAGGUGAAGAUUGCAUGGUCAUGUGGCCAAACAACACCAGAAUCAACAAUUCUAAUGUGGCCAGGAAAUUUGCCGAAAAAGCUUUGUCAACUUCUACAGGCUUCUCGUUAUCUCCUCAUUUCAUGGUUUUAUUGUUUCCAGUUUCACUUCUACUGAACUGAUAUUUCACUUUUUUCAAGAUUUAUAAUGUAAUCAUGGAUGCAGUGAACAAUAUUUGUGAACAAUUUCUUUGAACAAUUUCUUUGAACAAAAUAUUGAACAAAUCAAUUUAUUCAAUCAUGGGUUACUUUGAUCAGGAUUUUUGUACCUUCCCUGAUUAAAAAGCUUAUGUCGGUGCUGCAAACAUAUAAGAAUUUCCCAUAUGGUGUUAAGCAAAAUCAGGUUAUUGUCAUACAAUAUACAAUACCGAUAAUGAUGACCAACCAAAUUAAUUUUAGCUUGGCUACACCUUGAUAUUGUUUUGGUUCAAUGUUACUGGUCAAAAUGACUAGCAAGGCAAAGAUUUGAAAACACAAA